AUGGACGUCUUGCUCUCACAUUUGCAAAACCGCGACAUCAUUGUGCCGUAUUUCGGAGUGCACCCAUGGUUCAGCCACUUGUUCUACUUGGAUCUGGCUGAAAAACCAGAUAAGAGAGCACAUUACAACCGCGUGUUGAAACCAACUCCCAGCGAAGAUUUGCUCGCGGUGUUACCUGAGCCCAUGAGCUUGUCGCAACACUCACGACGCAGCGAGGAGAUCAUCGCAAAGUACAAAUUGGCAAGAUUUGGAGUCGGCGAAAUUGGCUUGGAUAAGCUCUUUCGAGUGCCCAACGCGGGGUUCUUGGGCAAUCCCGCGUAUGGCAAAGCCGCUGAUAUUGCCAAUGACGAGGUUGAUAAAUUGUCAAAGUCGAGAGUCUCGAUUCAACAUCAGAUGGACGUGUUUCGGUAUCAGUUGAAACUCGCCGAGAGGCUCAACAGGCAAGUCUCCGUGCACUGCGUCAAGGCCCAUGGCGUAUUGUACGAUGAAAUGAUGAAGUUCCCCAGCUUGACGGUGUUGCUUCAUUCUUACACUGGCUCCAUUGAUCAAGCUCGGCGAUGGAUAAAGAGCAAAAAACAACAAGCAUUGUUUUUCUCCUUCUCCAAUUGGAUCAAUGGCGAGAAAUUGCAACUUCUCGAGCUUCUAGCUACUGAACUAGAUCGAGGCCAAAUCUUGACCGAGAGCGACAUUUACAUCGACAGGCUAUUCACCCACGACAAGCAUGCAGAAUAUUUUAACCAUUUAGUGGGGAUCUACGCAAAACUAAACAACUACAUAGAUCUAGAUGCGUCUCAAAUAGAAUCAAAUAUGUUAGCUUCGAUAAAUGCAUCGUCUUAG